CGUCGAUUCCUUCUUCCGCCGCCCGCCGGAGGCGCGGCCCAGACCAGCGCGUGGUGUGCGUCUGUGUCGAGGCCAGCAGGGGGAUUCUGGGUAACGGCCCCGGCAGGCUGGGGCGGCGGGCUCCGCGCAGCAGGUUCCACUUAACGCCAAGUCUGUUGGCAGGGGCGGUUGUAGGGCCGGGAGUAGCCGGACAUGGAGCAACCGUGGCCUCCGCCGGGACCCUGGAGCCUGCCUCAGGCCGAGGGUGAGACUGAGGAAGAGAGUGACUUGGACGUGUCCCCCGGUUCUCCCCGCUGCCCGCAGCUGCCGGACGGCAGCGCCCAGAUAUAUAGCCAUGGGAUUGAACUAGCUUGCCAAAAGCAGAAAGAGUUUGUGAAGAGCUCUGUGGCGUGCAAAUGGAAUCUCGCUGAAGCUCAGCAGAAACUUGGUAGCUUAGCACUGCAUAACUCUGAGUCCUUGGAUCAGGAACACGCCAAAGCACAAACUGCAGUAUCAGAACUGAGGCAACGGGAAGAAGAAUGGCGACAGAAAGAAGAGGCUCUAAUACAAAGAGAAAGGAUGUGUCUGUGGAGUGUGGAUGCCAUUAGCAAAGAUGUUUUUAAUAAGAGUUUUAUUAAUCAAGAUAAAAGAAAAGAAACAGAAGAUGAAGAUAAAUCAAAAUCAUUUAUGCAGAAAUAUGAGCAAAAAAUCAGACAUUUUGGUAUGUUGAGUCGAUGGGAUGAUAGUCAGAGAUUUUUGUCAGACCAUCCAUACCUUGUGUGUGAAGAAACUGCUAAAUAUCUUAUUUUAUGGUGUUUUCAUCUAGAAGCUGAGCAGAAAGGGGCUCUAAUGGAACAAAUAGCACAUCAAGCUGUUGUAAUGCAGUUUAUUAUGGAAAUGGCCAAAAACUGUAAUGUGGAUCCAAGAGGGUGUUUUCGUUUAUUUUUCCAGAAAGCCAAAGCAGAGGAAGAAGGUUAUUUUGAAGCAUUCAAAAAUGAACUUGAAGCUUUCAAGUCAAGAGUAAGACUUUAUUCUCAAUCACAAAGUUUUCAGCCUAUGACAGUUCAGAACCAUGUUCCCCAUUCUGGUGUUGGAUCUACAGGUUUAUUAGAAUCCUUACCACAGAAUCCAGAUUAUCUUCAGUAUUCUAUCAAUACAGCUCUCUGCAGUUUAAACUCAGUGGUACAUAAAGAAGAUGAUGAACCCAAAAUGAUGGACACGGUAUAAUUUGGUUAAGACUGCUGAGGCCAAGUGUUAUUUUGUUACAAGAAAGGAAGAACUUGGCUAUUUUCUUGACACUUUUAUGGGUGCUGCACUUUAUUUUUGUUUGGUUUUUGAUGGGAGGGAAAAAAAGAGUACUGAAAUGUUUUAUAACUUUUUUUUAUGUGCUGCUAGGUUUUUUGUUUUGUUUUUUUCUGAAGAGAGGAGUGGUACCAUAUGUUGCAGGAAGUGAAACUGGAUUUUUUUUUUUUGGCUACUAAAUUUGCCUUUAAUCUUAUUGUUCUCAAUUUUGGAAUCAAAGUAUGAAAAUCUGCACAAAUGUAAUGUUUACAAGAACUGGUUGAUUCUAGGAGGCGUCUGCUACAGUCUCUUUUUAUAUGGAUAUGUACAUGUCCUACUCUAUAAAAAUGAUUAAAGAUAAAAAUGUACUUGUAUCCCACUGCUAAUUUAGCUGUCAAAUCUGGUGUUUCAUCAUAUUAAAAGCAAUAAAUCAGUA